AACUUACCAAGCUAAAUUACGUACGCAAUAUAUUAUAUUUCAAGUUUUAUUUUUGUGUACUACUAUUUUCUAUUAUAUUUUGUGUUGUGUGUUUUAUAAAGUAAAUUUGUAAAAAUGGCAGACCCGUUAACACUUUUACGAACGUAUAAUAUUAACAAAAAAGAAAUAAUAAUCAAGGACAAUCAUAUAUUGUUUGGCGAUUUGUCUUGGCCAAAAACAGUAAAUACCAACUUUUUAAUGUAUGGCUCUGGAAAAGAUGGCGCACCUAAAGAAUAUUAUACGUUAGAAUGUCUACUUUUUCUUUUAAAAAAUGUCACAUUGACACAUCCUGUGUAUGUACGGCAAGCAGCGGCUGAGAAUAUCCCUGUAGUAAGAAGACCUGAUCGAAGGGAACUUUUAGCUUAUUUAAAUGGCGAAUUAUCUACUUCUACGAGUAUUGAUCGAAGCGCUCCACUUGAAAUCCCUACACAAGUUAAACGAAGUGCUGUUGAGGAUGUUCAAGAAUCAAUUGCUAAAAAGCCACGUAUGGAAGAUACGCUACAAGUGCAAAGAGUUAAACAACAGCUGGCUGCCAGAUUAGACGCUCCUAAAGAAUCAGCCGUCAAUGUCGAUAAUAUUAAGUCACUUUCAGAAGCCAUGUCUGUAGAAAAAAUCGCUGCGAUCAAAGCAAAGCGUUUAGCAAAGAAGCGUACUACAAUCAAAGGACAUGAUGACAUCGGCUUAGGACCUGAUUUACGAGUUAUGUUGGAUUUUGAUGUAGAUAUUACAAAAGAUAUAAUUAAAAGAGAAAGACAGUGGCGAACUCGGACAACAAUUUUACAAAGCAAUGGAAAAGUAUUUGGUAAAAAUAUAUUUGCCAUACUUCAAUCAAUUAAAAACAGAGAAGAUGGUAGAUCACGACCGCCUCAUAGUAUGGCGGCAACUCCACGUGCCGCACCACCUAAACCGACAAUUCCACAGCCUACAGUGUAUAACCGUUAUGAUCAAGAACGUUUUAUUAAAUCUAGAGAAGAUACGGAGGGUUUCAAAAUUGAUACUAUGGGAACAUAUCACGGAAUGACUUUGAAAUCAGUGACUGAAGGAACGGUCCCAAAGAAGCCAGUAGCUACUGUUACACCUGUACAACAGUCAUCACGGCCACCUGGAACACAAUUUUCGGAAAGGGAUUUCUUGGCCAAAUUGUCUGCUUCCCAACAAGCAAAACAAAGAGUGUCUCGAACUCCAAUUAUCGUCAUUCCUGCAGGACAGUCUUCCUUAAUUACCAUGCAUAACGCUCGAGAAAUCUUACAAGAUUUGAAAUUUGUGUCGACCGAAGAAAAAAAACAAAAUGGCUUCAAACGCGAUAAUGAAUUACUUCUUCAACGUCGUAAAGAUGGCGGCAUGACUGUACCGUAUCGAGUAGUAGAUAAUCCACAAAAACUGACACAGAGUGAAUGGGAACGAGUGGUUGCUGUGUUUGUUAUGGGUCCAGCGUGGCAGUUCAAAGGUUGGCCCUGGAGUGGAAAUCCUGUAGAAAUUUUUUCGAAAAUUUGUGCAUUUCAUUUAAAAUUUGAUGAAAUGAAACUGGAUAAAAAUGUAGCUAACUGGGCUGUUAAUGUACUUCAAAUAUCGAGGACGAGACGGCAUUUGGACAGAGCCACUCUCAUGGUAUUUUGGGAAAAAUUGGAUAAACAUAUAAUGAAGAGCAAACCAACUUUAAGAUUUUAAGUUUGAAUGUUCACUCUAAAGUCAUAAUAUAAAAUGGUGAACAAAUAAAGUAUUCAAUAAGUAUUUUUAUAUUCAUCAUUAUAAAUAUGUCUAUGACAUUACACUGUUACAACAUUAGUUAUAGAACAAAAUGUUCAUAUUUUGUUUUAUUGCAUAUUCUGCUCGAAGUCCAAAUCAUUUUUUUAAUUUCUUUUGGUAGUCUUAAAAAGAAUUUAGUUAUGUCCCAUGUUCAAGUAUAAAACAAUUUAAAAACUUUUGUUGUACUAUUAUGUUAAGUUACUUGUAUAUAUUUUUUUGAAACUCCGUUGUUUAAAUGUAAAUUUAAAUUUAGUGUAUGAAUUAAAAAUAGAAAAACAAUCUUGUAAAUAUUAUAAUCUAUCCAAAACUAUUAUUUUAUU